AUGGCCGUGCUUGAUAUGCUCAAGAAGCAGCAGCCUCCUACUGCUGUGCCAGAGCGCGGAGCCUCUGCGAGAUCUUCAUUUACCGCGACUGGAGAAACUUCCAAUAUUGAAACAGAGAAAGGCCCCUUCGACGACGAGUCCAAGGUGCCAUUCCUUACCAUCAGAACAUUCUUUAUGGCUGUCCUGGUCUCAUUCGGUGGUCUCUGUUUUGGCUACGAUACAGGUCAGAUCUCGGGGUUUCUGGAGAUGGAUAACUUCCUGGAAAACUUCGCCGACCAGCAGGAUCCUAUUGGGUUCAGUAAUGUCCGUGCCGGGUUGAUUGUUGGCAUGUUAUCUAUCGGCACCUUGGUCGGUGCUUUGAUCUCUGGACCGCUCGCGAACAAUAGAUCUCUGGGCCGGAAGUAUUCUUUGGUGCUUUGGUCGAUUGUCUUCUGUGUUGGUGUCGCUAUCCAAAUUGCCGCGCGGAAGCCUCAUUGGUAUGAGGUUAUGAUUGGUCGUAUUAUCGCUGGGCUGGCAAUAGGAGGAAUGUCUGUUAUGGUACCUGCGUACCAGGGUGAAUCAAGUCCUCGUCAUGUUCGUGGCGCCAUUGUCUGUUGCUACCAGCUGUUCAUUACCGUAGGCAUCUUGAUUGCUUAUUCAAUCAAUGCUGGUACAGAGAGCAUUCAAAGCACCGCCUCCUGGCGAAUUGUGAUGGGAAUCGGCUUCCUCUUCGCCAUUGCACUCGGUGUUGGAAUCUUGUUUUUUCCCGAAACCCCACGUCAUGAUUACCGAAAUGGCAACAUCGACAAGGCUACCGCAAGUAUCGCCAAGUUCCACGGUGUCUCUGAGAGACAUCGUGUUGUCAAAGAUCAGCUAGUCGAGAUGCAAGAAAAGCUGCAAAUCGAACGAGAAGGAGGUAGCCACCCAUGGUAUGAGAUAUUCACGGGGCCACAGAUGUUGCGCCGGAUCUUGCUCGGGAUGGUUAUCCAGGCUGCGCAGCAAUUGUCGGGCGCCAACUUUUUCUUCUACUAUGGAACAGUUGUCUUUUCAUCAGUCGGGUUGCCGAACUCGUUCGUAACUCAAAUCAUUCUUGGUGCGGUCAAUGUUAUCACAACCUUCCCUGGUCUGUACUUUGUUGAGAAAUUCGGCCGACGGAAAUGUCUGAUGGCUGGAGCGGCAUGGAUGUUCGUUUGCUUCUUGAUUUUCGCAUCUCUCGGACAAUUUUCUCUUGAAAAUGACGAUGGUAGUAACAACAAGACCAUCGGCUAUGUCAUGAUAGUCUUUGCUUGCCUCUUCAUUGCUGCAUUCGCAAGCACCUGGGGGCCAAUGGCAUGGGCAGUCUGUAGCGAGCUAUAUCCUACGCGAUAUGCUAGCCCAUGUAUCGCUCUUUGCGCUGCAACGAAUUGGCUGUUCAAUUUCCUCAUCGCAUUCUUCACCCCAUUUAUCACAGGGGACAUCAACUAUGCUUACGGCUAUGUGUUUGCUGGCUGCAAUAUCCUCGCGGUUUUCUUUGUGUACUUCUUCCUCCCAGAGACUUCAGGGAGAUCCUUGGAAGAAAUCGACACAAUGUUCCUCCUCGAAGUGAAACCGUGGAAGAGCAGCAAAUGGACUCCACCCAAAGGCGAGGACUUGAUCACGGCGGAUAAGUUGAGAUUGAAUUCUGGUGCCCGAGACAUUAUGAAACAUAGAGAGGGGCCUGGCGGAGAAACUGAGCAGCAAGAGACUGCUCGAGGACAAAAUCGAAAUGAUCUUUCACGGGUCCCCAGCGUCUCUGGUCCUCAAGAUCACUUAGGGGUUGGUGCGAGGGGAAAUUCUUUUGUGGGAAUACAGUAA